UCUACAUUACGUUUUCAAGCUUUACCCUUUUCUCCUUCUUCAAUCAACCAAACGCCAAUCUGUACUAACAACCAUAUAUACAUAUCCGUAUAUAUCUGCAAUUCAUUCCCAAUCUUACCUCCUACUUCCCCCGUCUUCACAGAUCUUGUCUGGUUGUGUUUUACACAUACCUGCUUUAAAUGCUACCAUUUUCAGCAACAGAUUCAUCUGUAAUUACAUAUUUCAUAGAGGAAUUCUUCAACAAAUGCUGAACUUUAGCAGAUCAAGAGCUCAACCCAGGCCAAAUCGAUCCCAUCCUUUGGGAGGCAUGGAUUAUGCUGACCCAAAGAAGAAGAGUGGUGUUGUAGGAAAGAUUCUUUUGGCUGCAGGCCUUACUGCAUUAUGCAUUCUUAUGCUCAAACAAUCCCCAUCUUUCAACACCCCUACUGCAUUCUCUCGUCAUGAAGUGGGCAUUACUCAUGUCUUAGUAACGGGAGGUGCUGGCUAUAUCGGUUCUCAUGCGGCACUACGCCUUCUAAAAGACUCCUACCGUGUGACUAUAGUGGAUAAUCUUUCCCGUGGAAACAUAGGUGCUGUCAAAGUUCUUCAAGACCUGUUCCCAGAACCUGGGAGACUUCAAUUUAUAUAUGCCGAUUUGGGAGAUUCGAAAUCCGUUCACAAAAUAUUUUCUGAAAAUGCGUUUGAUGCAGUGAUGCAUUUUGCUGCAGUCGCAUACGUUGGGGAGAGUACCCUUUAUCCCCUAAAGUAUUAUCACAAUAUCACAUCAAAUACGCUUGGCGUAUUGGAGGCCAUGGCGGCACACAAUGUCAAUACACUUAUAUAUUCUAGUACAUGUGCAACAUAUGGAGAACCCGAGAAGAUGCCCAUUACAGAAGAAACUCCUCAGAUUCCGAUCAAUCCUUAUGGAAAAGCUAAGAAGAUGGCAGAAGAUAUUAUCCUGGAUUUUCAUAAAAACUCAGACAUGGCGGUCAUGAUUCUAAGAUACUUCAACGUGAUUGGUUCCGAUCCAGAGGGAAGGUUAGGGGAAGCACCAAGGGCCGAACUACGUGAACAUGGAAGAAUAUCAGGUGCAUGCUUUGAUGCAGCCCAUGGAAUCACAAAUGGGCUCAAGGUUCGAGGAACGGACUAUAAAACCCCAGAUGGGACUUGCAUACGGGACUACAUUGACGUCACUGAUCUAGUCGAUGCUCAUGUUAAAGCCCUUGACAAAGCAAAACCCGGGCAUGUUGGAAUCUACAACGUUGGUACAGGAAAAGGUAGAUCGGUUAAAGAAUUUGUGGAAGCUUGUAAAAAGGCAACCGGUGCACCCAUCAAAGUAGACUUUCUCCCGCGCCGGCCCGGUGACUAUGCCGAAGUGUUCAGUGACCGAUCCAAGAUUCUCCGUGAGCUCAACUGGUCUGCACAAUACACCGAUCUUGAGAAGAGUUUGCGGGUGGCAUGGAGAUGGCAAAAGUCGCAUCCUAACGGCUACGGUUCCUCAACGGCUUCCAUCUGAUGGAGAUUCGGCCCGGAUUACAUGAUUUGGAAAAUAGGG